AUUGCAGCUGUCGAUAUGAUUUUCACAAUAGAUACUCUAUGCAUAAAAUGUAAUUCAUACAACUCCAUGAUAUAACUAAUAUUGAUAUGACUGCCAUAGAUAAAGAAAAAAACCUUCAAAGAAACGAGAAAUGGUUUUACGACAUAUGCAAAUGAGAACGAAACAGAAAAUGGCUGCCCCCAUGGAAGAGAUCGUCGAAUUUCACAGCUUUUACUACCUAAAGUUAUUGCUCCUACUGUACAUCACUAUAUCCUGCAUCUUAUAUAUUUCUGUGCAAUUCGUGUAUCAGAACAAAAGAAUCCCACAUAAUCAAAAUAUUCUUCUCAUCACUGCCCAUCCCGAUGAUGAAUGCAUGUUCUUUGCGCCAUCUCUUCUCGAACUUGGAACUGUGAACUCUUUAUCAGUCGUUUGUGUAACUACAGGUAAUUACUAUGGUCAGGGAGAAGUACGCAAGAAAGAGAUUUUGAAGAGUUGUGAAGUGCUUGGCAUUUGUAAACAUGAUGUCCAUGUCCUGGAUGACAGUUCCUUUCCUGAUGAUCCAAAAGUGGAAUGGGACUUGUUAAAACUACAACAAGAAAUUCAGUCUUUCGUCAGUCAAUACAAACCAAGUAUUAUCCUGACGUUUGACCAUGGGGGUGUGAGCGGCCACCCCAACCACAAAGCAAUGUCACAAGUCGUGAGGAUCAUGUAUGCUGAAAAAAAGUUUCCAAAUUCAACAGUUGUUCUGGAGUUGGAUAGUGUUUCCCUGCUCAGGAAGUACAUUUCCUUCCUUGAUUUGCCCAUGAGCUUACACUCAAGUCAUUGGACUUUCAUUUCCUCGUUGCCAAGUGUCUUUCGGGCUCAGAAAGCCAUGCGUGCUCACUGCAGUCAGCUGGAGUGGUUCCGCUACUUGUACAUUGUGUUCUCUCGCUACAUGUUCAUCAACACCUUCACAGAGGUCAAAGUGUGACUCAUGAGGGAGACAUGAACUGGCUCAAGAGUUUCACCUUCGUUCUACACUUCUCGAAAUGAUCGUACAAAUUUUAUGCGCUCAUUAACGCAGUUUAGAUUGAUGAGGAGGCAGGCUACUUCAGUCGUGCCUGCCACCGGGGCCAUUUCGGGCUGAAUAGAAAACAAUCUUCCUCCAAACAGAAGGAAACGAUUGAUGGUAUUUAUGAACACAUCUAAGUCUUUCUGAUGUCGAUUUAAAUUUAAUAAUAUUUAUUAACAAAAAUAUUACCACAUAAUGCCUAUCAUAGAGAGAACAAUUUUUGUUCUCCAACAGUCAACUGGAACAAUGAUCAUAAAAACUUAUCAGUAAUCACUCAAGGAAAAA